GCAGCGGAGCUCCAGGCCGGUCACAGGUUGAUAUCUGGGGAGGAUCAGCAGGAGCCUGAAAUCAGCGAGUCUGGACCUCCACGACCUUUGACCUCUUCAAAUUCUUUCAGUUUCUAUUGCUUUGUGUUUCUAUGGCUGACCGUCUGUCGGUUGACGUGGGAAUUUUGUUCGUUAUAGUGGUGACGGCAUCUUUAACCAAUGGCUCUUCAUCUGUGAGCCAGAGGAAGGAUGUGUCAGGAGAGGUCAGCCUGGGCGACCCCCCGCACCAGGUCAUCAUCUCCUCUGGUUCUGAAGCUCAGGACCGCCCUGCCCAUGACCCGCUGACUGCCAGGAGGGGGCGCGCCAAGAGGUGCACGUGUUACACCUACAAAGACAAAGAGUGUGUGUAUUACUGCCACCUGGACAUCAUCUGGAUCAACACACCAGAGCACACGGUCCCGUACGGUAUGGCCAGUUCCCCAGGCUCUAUGCGCUCCGUCCGGACGGCUCGGAGCAGCAGGAGCAGCGCAGCCUCCAGGCGAUGUGCGUGCACGCUGCAUACGGACUCUGAGUGCAGCCGCUUCUGCACCAACAGGCAGAUGAGGAGACCCCCUGCUACACCUAACGCAAAAAAGAGGACGCCCCCGUUCCUCAGAGGAGACAGGGAGUGGACUCUGAAGUGAACAGACCUACCUUUAGUCUCAAAGGACGGGAGAAAGUCUGUUGGUGUCGUGUAGAUGAAAAGUUGAGGACAUGGGCGCAGAGGAAAAAAAUGAAAGUGAGAGUUUCCAAACGGGGGUUUCUGUCCCUUCUGCCUCUCCCUCUCUCUCUCUCCGGCGGCACUGUGUCACAGCAGUGGAGUUUGAUUUAUCCACCUGUAACUGUGUUUCAUGUGGCUCAUCAUUCCAGGAUGUCGCAUGUAAUAUCUUUAUCUUACGGAUCUACGUGAAAGCAUGUGUGAUGCUUAUGAAGGGUGAAGAACAGCAAUUCAUUUUCACUUAUAACCCAAGUAUCUUUUCCAAUAAAAUGUGUUUUCAGGAGGCUUUAAGGCAUUUAGAACUGAACACACAUUAAGUACGUAUAAAAUGACAUAUGUGGUGAUUCCUGUUGUCUGUCUCAGAGAACCCGGUUUUGUAAAGAACAAGUUGUCAUGGUGUCGUAUCCAUAUUAACAUGAUCCAACUCAUAGUCAGCGGUAACCGUUUCUCUCAAACAGGAGUGUUUUUGUUACUUUUUGUCAAGGGCCACGGCUGAAAAAAUGAUUUGUUGACGAUACGCUCCGCACCAAAGCAAUGCAAGAUGAGCUUGAAAACACGCCUGAUUGCUUUUCACUCGACAUUGUGAAAAUGUUUCUGCUUCCAGGUGACCUUAUGACCUCUCAGGUCAUUCUUGUAAAUAAGAACUCCUUCUCAGUAGCUCACCUGGAUUAACAAAGGUUGAAUGAAAUGUGACAUCAGCGGAGAACAACUGAAGGAAACAUGGACGACCAAAUUUGUCAAACGUGUCACCACAUGUCUGGUAAGCACCACCAGAAGAUUAAAUCAGUUCCGUUUGGUGUUUGGUGGUUUUGUGUAUAUUCUAUUUAUUUUGUACUUUAACAGAUGGGCUUUGUAUUGUCUUUUAUUUUGCAUUAGAAACUGGACAAAUGAAUUUAGCAAGCUUUUGUUUUUACUUAAUUUCCAAAUAAGAGAUGCCUUUCUUUUGUACAAUUUUAUUUUUUUAGACAAAUGGCCUGUUGGGCAGUGCUCCGCUCAAACUGGAUGAGAUAUUUCAACAUGGUUUUAUUUGUAAGAUGAAAUGACCAGUUGCCUUCCUUGUUAGCGAGGGCGAUUUGCCUUUCUGCUUCUGUGAUGAUUUUUUUAGUCUUCAAAUGAAAUAAAAGAAGAAAAAACAA